AUGGCAGCGGGCAAACCUAAGCAGUUUACCAGGCCGCCACCGAAGAAGAAGCCACAGAAAGCGGCCCUACUGGAUACUGUGGACGAUUUUCAGGAAGCCGCAGAUCACGAGGAAAGCGCCGGCGGGAAGCACAGAGUUGGAGAUGCUGUCAAAUCGGGGCGAGCCUUUGUCAGAGCCCUCGACAUCUACGACAGAGGCCUGCAAAAGCAUCCGGCCAGUUUCGACUUGGCAUACAACAAAGCCUGUCUACAGCUGGAGAUAUCUCAACAGGCCAAUCUGGUCGAGCACAUUGGCGUCUCCAUCCUCGACUGGUUGAAGCAAACUCUAGAGUCCCACCGCUAUGCCCUGAAACUGAGCGAGGAGAACCCCGAUAUCCUGUUCAACGCAGCCCAGGUCUUGACAUUGCUUAGCGAGCAGCUUUCUGAUCAGGAUCGUGCCGAAGAUGCAGUGCCGCUGCUACAAGAGGCACUGGAGUUGCUCUCCUCAUGUUUGUCUCGGCAAGAGAUAAUGUUUGAACAACAUCGCCUCGACUUUCCAGACACUGAGGAUGGUGGCGUGUCACUGGACCCGGAAGCAGACGAGACACCGGCGCCUAGCACUGACGUCGAUAUGGCCGAAGAGCAGUCAGCAAUCGUCGAGACACCCAUCGCAGCCUCUGACCUGUUAGACACAGUACACGCAUCGCUCUCUGCUCUGACAACGCUCGUUCCUCUCACCGAGCCCAGCGGACUGCAGAACCUAGGCGAUAUGGCACACAGCCUGACAGAGUCGAAGGUGCCUCACUAUCUGAGCUUGUUACCAGCGGAAGAUCAGGAUCAAGCGCGCUUUGCAGUGGCGUUAGACCGAGCUACAUUCAUCGCAGCUUAUGCCAACGCACAAUUCGAGGCCCAAAUGAUCGAACUGCAGACUUAUCUGGAACGAUUGAACACCUUCGACAUCGCCAACAAAGACGACGACGCCGGCGCACUUUGUGCAGAGGCUGAGGCACGGACUGAGCUCGUCCUUUCCGUCAUGGAUCGAUUCGACGAGACACCAGAUCUACCAGCAAGUCUCUGCUGGAAGCAGCUCAGCCUAUGCCAAGAUCUCUACUCUAAAGCCACCAAACCUACCGGCGAGGACAUUCAGGAACGCAAAGCCGAAGUGUACAAAUCGAAAGGUGAUCUGGAACUACUUCGACACCGUGUAGCGAACAUACCAAAGACGGACAUUGCAGAUGGUGUGAGGAAAAGCGCUGCUACUCUUAUACAGAACGCACAGACGUAUUUCAAGGGGGCAGUGUCGCAUGCGAAGAUUAGUGGGGAUGACGAGGUAGAAGAAGAUGCACAGCAGAGGUGGGCGUUGGCGAAGGCGAUCUCUGCGCUUAUGCAUGGUGGAGAGGGUGCAGGGAACGCAGAGACCUUGAUGGAAGCGCUUGAAGAGUGUGUCGAAGAGGGACUUGUGAGCGAGCAGUUGGCGCAAGCAUUGAUGAGUGGGUCCGUUGGGUCUGGGUCUGGGUCUGGCAGUAGCUGA